GCCAGUAAUCAACUUUUGAACGAUAUGUAAGGAUCGGCUUGACACAAAGAUAAGAUAGUCUGGAAAAAUAAUUGUGCCCCUACAACAAUGAAAGGGAUUGCUGUAUUCACCUGUGCAGUUAUUCUUUUGAAUGCAGCAUCAGUUUACAGCCAGAACUGUCCAAAUGGCUUCAUGAAACAUGGAGAAGCGUGCUACCUGUUUUCUAUUCUCCGGGUUUCCUGGAUUCAAGCUAUGAAAUUUUGCGAGAUCUAUGGCGGCGAAUUGGCUGUAAUAGGAUCUGAAGAGGAACAGUUGUGGAUAGAAUCCUAUCUCAAAAGCACCUGGACGACAUACAAUCAGACAGAUGGGGUUUGGCUCGGUGGGGCGGAUCUCUUGGUGGAAAAUGAAUGGGAGUGGGUUGCUCAGCAGCAACCCUUUACCUACUCCCGAUGGGCGCCCGGGGAACCCAGCCACUACCAGAGGGUGGGAGCAGCUGAGAACUGCCUGGACCUGCUUCCACACAAGCAAUUCAUGUGGAAUGACGAAAGUUGUGCCUGGAAAAUGAAUUUUCUUUGUAAAACAAGUUUGCUUGGAGACCCAUUGACGGUAAUAGGAAAGAGAGAAUCCGAUUAGUAUCGUAAACACUAACAACAUAAUAAAAAUUGUGCAUGUAAUAA